AUGCCCGCUCUUCAAAAAUGUCGAAUUUGUGGAAGUGCCAAACAUAUUGGAUCACGUUAUCGUGCAGAUUCGACUUGUGCAGCAUGUGCUUCGUUUUUCAGAAGAAUUGUGAAUCUGAAAAAAUCUGAAAAUUUGAAAUGCAGAACUCUGUCGGAAAAAUGUUUGGAAGAACAGUUUUUGGACCCGGAUAAGAAUAGUAAAAAAUUAUGCAAAUUUUGCCGAUAUCAGAAAUGCUUGAAAAUUGGAAUGGAACCGGAAUGGUCUGAAGAAACAACAAUGGUAUUGGUUACGAAAAAUACUGGACCAGAAAUCAACACUUUCAGAAAAUUGGAUGAUGAAAUGUCUAAAAACUUGAAAAAUCUUAGGAGCGCUGAAAGAAUAAUCACCGAGUAUACUGAAAUUUUUCUGGAUUCUGAAAAUCAGAAAUUCGAGAAAAUUCUGGAAAACGUUGCUGGACAGAAUGGUCAUUCUAUUGUUCCUCUGGAAUAG